UGUUUCUAUUGGAUUCACUUUUGAGUUGAAGUACAAAGAGUUAAAGAUCAUAAAGAUACUACAAAAAAUUUCGAGAUGACAAAGUUAUUCACUUUGGCCGGCUUGUUAUUUAUGGUAUUCUCGACUGCUACAUGUUUCUCGUGCAACCACGGUCCACCCGGACGAUUUUGUACUUCGGAUUUAACCGGUUUUCAUGACUGUCCGUAUGAUGGUAGCAAACCAACUAUCGUUUCGUGUCCGGUGAACACUCGAUGUAGUUGUUAUUUAAACAAUGCAUGCACUGUUUCUAAAAACAAGAUAUGUACGCGGUACACAAAACCAACUGGGUUGCUUAAAAACUUCGAGUUCCGGUAUCAUGGCAAAAUUUCAACAUAUUCGCCGCGGGGAGGUCAUACAACUCCAACGCAGGGUCAUAUUCUGCAGAAUUUCGCUACAAAGCGUCUUUUGAAAACAGAGUGGAUAGGAAGUAAGAGACAUUUCGAAAUUGUUCAUCCUCUUAGAAAUGGUAAAUUUAUCAAGUAUUCCGGAAGUUAUCCAAAUGUUUGCAAGAAAACUAUCUUGACUAGUUUUCCACAGUUUGGACCUGAUCUAACACGAUUUACUUUGACCUCCAGUCACAAACGUAAAUAUUCAUAUGAGGAAACAUGGGAAUUCUUCAUUGGUUCACGUCAUAUGGGACAAGGUACUGUUCAAGAAACAUGGAAAAUGGCAAAAAAUCGAUGGACAAAGAGAAGACGACCACUCAGUUAUGUUUACGAGUCGAGAGGAGGUGCUAUGUCAAGAACAAACAAAAAAGUCGAAUAUACUGUUGGAUUGUAUUACAGUUACAAUUUAGGAAGCAAAUGGUUCAGAAAACCAAAUUUUUGUUAACAUCUCCAAGGAAACGUCAACAAACAUGGCAAUGACUUCUUCAUGACAUUUUUGAUUAUUAAAAAAUAUUUUACCUUCAGUAAACUUGCAAACAGAAUGUAAAAUUUGUAUGAAAUUUAUAUAGAAAAAUAUUGGUUACGUUUCACAAA